GGCGGACUCACUAAACACAAGUGCUUCGUUUGUAAAUUAUGUCUGGGUGUUGGAGUGUGCCACUGGCUAGCCAUAAAUUUAAAUAACAAAUACAUCGUUUGCCUAAUAUAAGAAAUGUUUCAUACUUUUACUUUUGAUACUGAAAGUAACGUUAUAUUUUAGCAAUGACAUUUAAAACCAAAUACUUUUGAACUUUUACUCAACUAGUAUUUUACUGUGUGACUUUCAUUUUUACAUGAUUCAUUAAGGUACAGUAUCUUUACUUUUACUCGUAUGAUAAUUGGGUACUUUUUCCACCACUGUAUCUAGUGGAAAUUGGGAGAAAGAGACCCAGGGCAUAAAUGAAUGGAACUCAUGUUAGAUGUACAACAUAGCCAACAGGGGGAGACAAAGUGCGAGUUUACAUGUAAACCUGAAUCCAUCCAUCCUUUAAUCAAAAAUAAUAAUCGGUGGCAUGUAGCUAGGGUUGACGCUUAAAGUUAGCUAGCUAUGUGGUCAUGGAUACGGUGCCCAUGUUAUGAGAAACAACAGUGAAGCACAGCAAACUAACGUUAGCUAGCCAUACUGCGAGUUCGUUUAAUGGUAUCUAUUGGUAAGUACUGAGUGCUGUGAUGACCAGAACAAAGCAGACAGCAGAGCUGGACAAGCAUCUGGAUCCAGCUUCAGCUGCUAAGCUCACAGAGAAGAGCCCCGCUGACAGCAGCAAGGGGGGCACAGGGAUCAUGUCCCCCAAAAGUCAGGGGAGGGCAGGCACAGCAUCCCCCUACAAUCUGGCUCCGGCUCCCUUCGGCCUCAACCAGAACCACGUGGUGUGUCUGCCUCUGGUCUCCGAGCACCUGAAGCUCCUGUGGGCGUGCUCAGACCAGACCCAGGAACUGGACGGUGUGACUUAUCUCAUAGAGGCCUUCAACGUGUUCCCAUACCCGACCCUGGGGGAGACGGCAUCGCUCGCCCAGAGCUGCUCUCUACAUCUGGACCAGGUCAGAGUGUGGUUUAUGGUCCAGCGGCUCCGCUAUGGGAUCAGCUGGGAUGCAGAAGAGAUCUGUAUGGCACGGUGCAAGAUGUGCGGACCAAACCAGGCGAAGGACAAAAAAGAGAAAGAGGAGAAGGUAUUGCCUCCCCUCAGUAAGGAGGAUGAUGGGAGAAACAGGAUCGAACAUUCACCUGUCUCCACCUCCAAUCAGCUUAGCAGCCUGUCCUUCGAGUCCUCCUCACCCGUUCCUCGAAAAAGCCGUAAACACCACCUUGUUGUUGCACCCAAUAACUCCAAUCUGCAACACCCUUCUCCUCCACUCCCUCUGUGCUUAGUGGCGCCCCCCACAACCACAGGGCAAACCCUCGAAGCCCCCGACAAACCCCAGAGGCACUGUCAGGAUUUUCACUCAGAGCUGUGGCGGAGCUUCGGCCGUAACACAAAUCCUCCGAAGGAGGAGCUCCAGCGUCUGCAGGCCCUCACCAGGCUCCACAUGAAGUACAUCCGCAAGUGGUUCUGCAACCGGCGUUUCUUGCUCCACCACCGCGUCAAGGCCGACCCAGAGUCUGAAGAGAACGGCCAGUCACAGUCCAACGACCUCCUGUCGUCACAGACACAGCUUAUUCAGCGUCUGACACAACCACCACCGCCAACUGACAGCAGGGUCAGACCAUCACCGGCAAAGAAAAGGGUCUGUCAAGUAGAUGAUGUCGACUUCCUAAGCAGGAGCCGCAAUGGUAACCCUGUCCAUGGCAACCCCGCUAACACCCCCCACCAGAUUAGGUCAAACUUGAAGGUGAAGGAAAAAGAGAUAGAACCAGCGGACAUACAGAAGAAGACUGGAGCAGCAGACAAAGAGAAAACGGCCAGAGCUGGAGCUAAGAGAUGGACAAAGAACGUCAAGAAGGAACUGAAGGAGGAGCGGAAAGCGGUGGGGAUCACCAAAUUCAUCGAUGACGACGGAGAAGAACAAGUUCUCAAAAUGGGCCCGUGGCCGAAGAACAAGACAAUAGCCCAGCUGGAGCUCCUGAGACACUUCUUCCUCACCUGCCAGUGGCCCACCAAAGGGGACUACACGCAGCUGCAGCAGCAGACAGGCCUCUCGCGGAAAGCUCUCACCCAGUGGUUCGGAGACACCCGCUACUACGUCAAGAAGGGCAUGGAACGCUGGAUGAGUGGGGAAGAGCACCAGAAGGUCCUGGCGCAGAUUAGGGGGAAGCAGAGGCAACGGCAGAGGGACUGGUUGAUGACUGAGGAAACCGGUCCAUCAGGGUCCUCCUCCGUGCCGUCUUUUGCUUACCGUGACUCAUAGUGCUAAUGGGGAGGCUGGCAGGGAGGAGGAUGGAGCUGGGACUUUGAGACCUAUGAAUGGCGUGAAGCUGGAGUGACCGCUGGGACAGACUUGGGGUACUCAAUAGUAUAAAAAGGCUUCUUCUCCUUUGUGCUCUCUCCUCUAGGAGCACUGAUCCAGCAUGGCCUAACAGGUGAAAUGUUAUUUGUUGAAACUUGAAAUCUGAAACUCACCUGUCUGCAGUGAUGGAAAAGGAAGCCGAGUAUUGAGUCACACCCCUGCUGUAAUGCUGGAGAGGCCUGGAGGGUGCUGAAAAGGGCUACAUAUUAGGAAUUGUCACGAAUGAGGCAGCAUUCUGUUUUUAUGUUACAAGUUGUUAUGUUUAUGAUGUUCUAGUCUACUUUAGUUGUAGCACUAUUGAAACUGGCACUUCCUGUUCAGUUAUUCAUUCAAAUGGCAAUUCAUGUUUCAAGUUCCAUCACGAUUUUAUGCUGGGAAGUUUCUAUGACAUUGCAUUGAUGUUCCUUGUUUGAUAUGUUCAGAGUGUAAAGAAUUAGGGAAACUACCAGACCUGCGACAACCUAUGUCCUUGGGUGCAUCCCAAUAAUCUCUCCUUCCUCCUGAAGUGUGCACUUGCGCAUUCAUUUCUCCCCAUAAAGUUAAAAUCAUUGGAGUGAUGUAAGACAUGGGCUAGGGGGGAGUCCAUUAAGGGAAUUGAACAAGUGCACACUUUGGGAGAACAGAGAUUAUUGGGACAUAGCUUAAGGUGUGGUCUUAUUGGUAGUAAGAAAGUAGAUCAUUUAUUUUGAUUUCAGAGCUAGUAUGUGGAGUCGUAUCUGGUUCUUUGUGUGGUGAACAGGUUUCUUCCCAUUUGUGAAUAAAAACAACUGUUCUCCUUGUUCUGCAA